UUUGUGGUCAGGACAAAAACCAUGUGUUGAUCUUGAAAUUUAUUUGUGCCAUUUUCAAUAAAAGCUUGGAUUACUUCCAUUAGGAGCUUGUCCAAUACCUCUCUUAUUAAAAAUCUCUUGAUUCUUGAUCUACAAGAUGGUUUUGUAUUGUCAUUAGGUUUAUAAUUUUGAAUGCUGUAGCAUACAAUGAUUUGGUUUUUAUUGUAUUUUUUGAUGGAUGAGGAAAAUGAGAAGUAUGAGUAAUAUUUCCAUGGGAUGGUUCAUUUUUUUAGGGAAAGUGGUUUGAAUAUAUGGCAUGGUGUGCCUAAUUUAUGCUCGUCCAUGCCCGUCGUGCGAUGCUUUAGAAUCUAUUUAUUGUGGCCACACCAUUUGUUUUAAUGCCAUUUCCUCGUACGAACACUGCCUUCUCGUGUGGAUGUGGAUUUAGGAGUGUUGGCUUUUGAGUUGAAUGUCCUUGGCUUUUAAAUUUCUUGGAAAUUGUAAAUCACAUGUUCUCUACAGUACUCGAAACACUAUGGUUCAGACACUAGAAUCUAUCAGGGGUGGCGGCGGAUCUAUUAAAGUAGGAACUACUGGGACAAUCAGUGCACUGAUGUCUCGAGAAUUAGACUCCGCUAAGUCUGCAACGAAAGCGCCUUCUUCAAUUACCUCUGUCUCUGUUAUGCUUGGUAACACAUCUCCCAGAAAGCUCAAAACAAUUGGCGAAGCUAGCAGCAGCACCACGGGAAGCGUUAAAAAUCAUAAAAGCCCCGAAACUACAAGGAGAACAAAGCGCCAUGGCGGACACACUCAUCAUAUACCAAUGCUCACUGCUGAUAAUAUGUCUCUAGAUGGAACUCCGAUGAGACAGAAGCCCAUCAAAAAGGGGCCGAAUGUAGUUGAAAUUGUGGAUCUAAAAUGUGGGAAUCCCGACAGGAACUGGGUGAACCCCAUCACAAACCGUCUGAAAAAACUUGGAUUCUCAAAGUUAUCAGAGAGCAGCACUAUCUAAAAUUCCAGCCUCUCGACGUCUGCUUUCAGAUUCCUGUAUGUAAACCGAGAAAAGGAACCUCGCCGGUUGCUUUCUGCUACUUCUACCAUAGAACAGAAACUUGGUAUCAGCCCUUUGCUUCCUCUCUUCUUUUUCCUAGUAUUGGCAGCCAUUGACUCAGGUUUCGGUUUGGAAGAUUCACCAGUCGAAGCAACUCCUUCAAUUUGAUGACACCUGGCCUUACUACCUGACUCAAGCUGAUCGAAAUAAUCCAUUUCUUGCAUUAUAAGGGACCCAACUGUGCCUCUCGUCCCAAUAGCUACUGGGAUGGUAGGCCUUGCAGCAGGCUUUUCGGGGACAGCCGAGCUGUUAAGACGAUGUGUAGAUGAUGAAUGCGAAGUAAAACCCAUUUUGGCUCCCAGACUUCACUUCGAUGGGAUUAGGAACAUCUGAAGUUGGUGGUUUCAAUCUCCAGGUUUGCUCGAAUCUCUUAACCUUUUUGAUAUAUGAUAUAUGAUAUAUAUAUAUAUAUAUGCAUGUAGUGUUUUGUGAAAGCUGAGUAUUGAUGGUAGGCAUCAUAGGGGUUGUGAAGUGUGGUGAUCACUAGAUUCAUGUGCUGACCUUUUGAAUCUCAUUUAAGUUUGCUGUCGUCUUUGCGUUGCUGCCUUCUACUUUUUCUAUCUUUGUUUCAAUUCUUGGUCGAUUUUCUGGCUUGGCUACCCUGAUUGUUUGUUUUUUGGAGUAUAUUUGGAUUUGAUUGAACAUUUUAAAUGAGAAAUAGGAUUUUGUUUUAGGGUGUGUUUUUGGUAAUCUGUUUUUAGAUUUUGUUUUUUAUUUUAAUUUACAUGUGAUGUUUCAUCAGAGAAAAUUAGAUUUUUACAUACAAUUGUGAAGGUUGAAUAGUGAUGAACACACCCCCUUGUACUUUACGUUGUUGUUGAUAGGAUAUUAAAGUAACAAUGACUUAGAUGUAA